ACUAACUAUAAAAUUAUCGGCAUUAUUUGGCUUGUAUUUUUGUUGAGUUUUCGCGCUGUCUAUAAAUUCAUAAAAUUGUAUUAAUAAAAGAAAAAAUAAUGGUUAAAGAAAAGCGAAAUGCUACCAAAUUGCGCUCCCAUUUUGAAAUAACGAGUAAAUAUCCAAAAAGGCGUCAAAGGGAGAAGGAAAAAAUUGACCCCAUACCAGCAACAACAACAACAACUGCGUCUCCGGUAACCAACCAAAUGAAGUCUAUAAAGAAAUGCGUUGUGAAAAUAAAACGCCUUAAAAAUCUUCCGAAAUCACAUACAAAUAAUCACAUUGAUGCUUCGAAUUUGGGUGAUGCUAUGUUCGAUCCUGAUCUGGUACGGAACUCCACCAUGGUGUUUCAGCCAACGCCUUGCAAAGUACGCCUCAAACGUACAACAUUAACAAAGACAAAGACUCCGACAGCAGAAGCUAAAGAGCAACAAACUAGCCGGGAGCCUAGAUUUUUCCAUAGAGAUCAGCCACCGACUCGAACAAGAUCUUCAGUGACUCGUAAUGUCUAUGAGUUUCUUUCCGAAUCUCAAAUCGAGGACCCUCAGGAACACAAAGAUCCAGCUGAGGACAUAAUUAAGAAAAUGGUCAACGAUGGCAGAGCGUGUAUAAUGACGCGUACUCGGAAGGCAGGACAAUUUCGAGCUAAGCCUGUUAAAAGGAAAGUGCGAGCUGUGGGCAAAAGGAGAGUAUGUUCCUUGGAAGAUGCCCGCCCUGAAAAACGACAACCGGCCAUGUCGCCCAUCUUCGAACUUGACGCUUAUUCCAAUGAGCAACAAACGCCGUCGCCACCAAUUUUACACAAAGUACCUCGAAUAAUGUCGCCCAUCUACGAACUUGAAGACGAUUCCGAUGAUCAAGAAACAUUCCCGCCGCCCAUCACACCAAUUGUUCAAAAGGCGCCUCAGGCCAUGUCACCCAUCUACGAACUGGAUGCUAAUUCCAGUGAGGAAGAUGAACCGAAUCCUAUUCAAGUCUUGGCCCAAGUGCAUGUUCCUAGCCCAGAAACUCAUAAAUCUGUGACAGAGCCCUCAGCCUAUAGCCAUCUAGCGCGUUCGGUUAUAUUGAAUCAAACUCAAAAUCAUAAUAAUUUGACCUCCCCAUCAAAAAGGCGACACCAAUUGGACUUGGUGCGACAAUUUAUAAGCACUCCCAUUAAUGGCAAAAAUGGAAAAGCAGUGACUACUACAAUUUCACCAAUUCCCACACAGACUGCGGGCAAAGUUGUUAGUCCAGCCGGAGGAGGAGGUUCUUCGCCUUGGCGGGUUUCCCAGGAGUCGUCGCUGCCAAAUACAUUUAGAUUUGGAUUAAAUACAUCAUAUUUGCCUUCAUUCUCCAGUGACCAUCAACCGAAACGGCAUGUAUACAUACCAGAUGAGAACUGCCAAAGGGCUCCAUCUUCCGAUUGUUCAACACAGGAAGAGAUAAGAAACAACUCGAAUGGAGAAAAUAUGCCACCAGUGGCUACUCCCGCAGGCAAUGAAAACAUGGAAAACCUAGUGCAUUUGCCAAAUCCCAGGAGGACAUUACAAAAUCGCAUGCCACUCAAAGACAUCAACAUAUUGGAGGUUGUCCAUCUGCCCCCAUGGAAAAAGAAUCCACUGGGUCAGGCCACGCCCUUAAAAGAUGAAUCAGCCCUUAGAGAUGCAAUAUCACCAAUUACUCAAAGAUCCAGUUCUGAUCACAGUCGUCGCGAAAGCCGUAAUCUCUUUGGUUUUGAAGAGUUUCUUGAUCCCAAUGAGCAUUCCCAACAUGAAGUGCAGGCCACAGCUUUAAGUCAGGAUCAAACACUCAAUGACAAGCUCCAGCGAAUGAAGAGACUACGUCCGGUUGACCGGGAUUUUCCACAGGUCGCUUCAACACCUUUGCGUUACGGGUAUGAUAAUCAACUACAACAGCGUAGCAUAAGACAGAUGCUAUGCUCCACGAUGAUUGCACCAGUAUUCCAACCACCUUCACGAAAUGUAGAUGAUUCGGUAGGAUUGUUUUCGGAGACGCAACUCGAACCGGAAGUAUCAUUUGACCACAAGAAACCGAGAAGAACCUACCUUCAGGAGCGACCCAAACGCAAACGAAAGCAACGCGUUAAAGUUGUAUUCAUUGACACCGAUUCUUCCGACAACGACGAUGACGAGGAGGACUCGCUUGAAUCUCCACAGAAAGCAGCUAAGAAACGAUGUCGCAAAGAUGCCGAGCAUGAGGCCAAUCUAAGGGAAUUUGUUACCAGUUUUAACAAGCAAUGCGAGGAAGUGGAAAAGUUUCCAGUGAUUAUUGAAUAAGAAUUGAUUUUUUUCAUUUUUUUUUUUUGUUCGAAGAGCAAAGACAGAAUUAUUCUUCUUUGUUUUCAACGGAAUAGAUAGAAAAAUGUAUCUUUUCUGUAUGUCUAAAGCAUUUCGAAAAAGAGAAUCGCAUUUCGCUCAUUUCCCAAAUGCUUCCCCAUCAAAUUUAGAAAUUAUAGAAAUGUUUU